AUGGCAGAUCUGACACUGCCGUCCUGCUUUUGGGAUGCAGAGCGGACGGACACGCUCGCCGGCGCCAGCCAAUCCGGGCUGGACAGGCUCCUGGGGAGGGGCGACACCAGGGCGGGCCAGAGGGAGGCCAAGCGGCGCGCAGGGCUGCUGAAGAAGGCCGCCAAGGCAGCGGGGCUCUUUGUACCGGAGGAGGUGCCCACAAUCGACGGGACGUGUGGUGCUCCGGCCAAGCGCGCUGAGUCGGAUGAUGGCAGGCGAGAUACAAAAGGAGAUGAAGAUGCUGUGCGCGAUGGCAUGGAGGAGGACAACAUUUAUGGUGGCCAGGGAGCCAUGAUUGUCCAAAGCAGCGGGGAGGAAGACGAUGAGGAAUGGGACGAUGUUUCCUGGGAGGGGGCCGAUGACAUUGGAGAGGGUCGUUCUCCACAGGAAGGUGACGAUGUGUCUGUUGCUUGGGGCAAAGAUGUCAAGCAAGGAAAAAAGAGAUCUGGCAUCACAAAAGAAGAGCGACAAUUUCGCCAGAGUGUGCACAAGGCGCACAUUUUGUGCCUACUGUGCAGGGGCAUGCUCUUAGACAAGAUAGCGGACAACGAGCUGCUGCAGGCUUCGAUUCUUUCCAUGGUACCGAAGCAACAUGCUCUGCUUCCCAACCCAGACCAGCAAAACGAGCCACGCAGUGCACUGGAGGGCUUGGUGCUUUGGUUCAAGUCGCACUUCAGAGUCGUGCAACCAACAGAUGGCCUUGCGCCAAACUGGGGUUACAAUGGCUCCUCUGACAGCAGGUGUCUUAGUGAGGCCCCUGUGAGUGCGUUGCGUGAGGCAGUGGAGAAGGGGAAAGGGACAGCAGAGCAGCUGUGCCUGUUGUUCACUGCACUGCUCAGGGCUUUGGGCCUUGUGGUGAGGCUUGUGAGGAUCCUGGAUGCAUUUCCUCUUCAUCCCCGCAUGGUGUCUGCCAACAAGAAGGGGUCAAUGCCAGACUCCAAGAUUCAAAAGAAAAUGGGUGGGCGCAGACAGCAGAGGCCAAGCUCAAAGAGAAAGAGGGAAGCUGAACAAGGUGGCGAAGGAACUGAAGGGGUGUUGAGCAGUUGUGCAGACGACAAUAAGAAGGUGAAGAAUAGAGGGGAUGAGGAGUUUGAAAGAGAGUUGGCCAUAGCAAUGGCAGCGACCGCUUUCAAAUCGCGGGAGGAUGUGGAUGGAGAUCCCAAAGAGAAACAUGGUGGGCAGUCCUCACACGGGCAGGCAAGGCCCCCAACUGGGGACGUUCAUGCUGGCAAGAGGCAGAGAAGCGGUUCUGGAUGGAGCCGCUCCCUCUCAACCCAUUUCGGAAAUGGCUGGUGUGAGGUGUUCUGGGGAUCGCCUGGAGGCGGAAAAUGGGUUCAUGUCGAUGGCGUGAUGGGUUGGAUUGACAGGCCCGAUGUCGUCCACGACUGCAACCUGCCCUCCCUUCCGCUCGCAUAUGUUGUGGCCUUCCUUGGAGGUGGCGCCAAAGACGUCACCAAGAGGUAUUCGCCGGACUUUACGAAGGCCGAAAGGCACCGAAGCAAGGACUGGUGGGCACGGACCAUGGCCCCCCUGAGGUCCCGCGAGGUUGCCGCAUUGGGCACAUGUGCACAGCCCGGCCGCCCUCAAGGACUACAGAAGUCAGAUGCUGGUGAGCUGCAGCGUGUGCGCGAGGAUGCUGAGCUCGAAAGGCAAAUCGCGUCACAAAGAAAGGGAGUGCCGUCAACCAUUGAGGAGUUCAGGAAGCAUCCAGACUACGUACUCAAGCGGCACAUCAGCAAGUACCAGGUGUUGGAGCACGGUGCCCAGAAAGUUGGCCUGCACCGUGGGGAGCCGUAUUACCUGAAGGAGCAGCUGGUCGAGGUCCGCUCCGCUAACAAUUGGCUCAGGCAAGGCCGCGUCGUGGUAAGCGAGGAAGUCGGCAGGCCCUGGAAACGCGUCAGCCGCCGCAAAUCCGCCAAGAGCGACCGCGGAGGGGAAGCUGCAAAGGUGACACCUGCUCUCAGCACCUUGGGGCUGACGACUCGCAGACGCCCGAGCUCAUGUUUGGUGGCCAGUCUCGCCUCCUGGCAUGCCCUCUUUGCACUGCUGUUGAUCUGUGCCACUGCGCAUUAG